CUGUUAAUGUUUUUUUCGAGUGCAUUGAAAAACUAGACUUAUUAGUUUUUAUUAAAUUAAAAUUGAAAGUUUAGUCAUAAUUAUAGAAACACGUAAUAUUCAUUUUUUAUCAAUCUAUUUGUUAUCAUGGACAGGCAAUGCUGUUCUGUGUAAUUCAUUAUAUAUCAAUUAUAACGAGGAAACGGUUUUUGCAAAAAUGACAUUUGAAUUAAAAUGGUUAAAUGUGUCAUGGGAUUGGAAUCAAUUUUGUGUGACCGGGCUACGGCCAUUUGGAAGCGGCUCAAGUGAUUUGCUACCUUGCUUCCAAGAAAUUGUUCUACAAUUUCCUACAUAUACUCUGUUUGCUGCUGUCUCGGCAUACAAUUUCGGUAUUUAUAAUCGCUGUGUGGCACGCAAUCGUACCCAAUUAAUGGCUAUAAAUAUUAGGGCCUUAUUAUCGCUGCUCUUGGCUCUUCUCGCUGGUAUCAAACUUGAAGAAUUUUAUCGUUUGGGUUCUACAUUGUACGCCUCUGAUAUAUUAGUGGCCUGUAGUGAAGUUUUAAUGUGGCUCGUACAUAGUGGUUACCUUCUAUCUUCGCGGCGGUGCGGUGUACUGAGUCAUCGUGGUUCCCUGGCUAUACUAGUACUCUGGCUGGCUAUUUUUGUCUUGGAUGCUGUGUGGUUACGUUCCAGCCGUAAUUUUGAUUGGUGGCCAUGGAGUCUUAUCACUUUCCUGUUGGAUGUUUGCUAUUUAACAACUUUAUUACCGAAGGGUCGUGCUAUCUACGUACCAUUCCGUCAUGGUAAUGAGAGCGACGGCAGAGAUAAUAGUGAACAAGCAGAUAACGAAAGUAGCGCGUUGCUUGCCCGUCGUUACACAUACUUUCACUUUGACUUCCAUGAAGUUCAUUUGGGUCACGCCCAAGACGAGGCCAAUUUAUGUUCACGUUUUCUGUUUCAUUGGGUGGACCCGUUAAUAUCGAAAGGUGUUGCUGGCAAUCUGAAGCGUAUUGAAGAUUUAUUCGAUCUACCGGAUGCUUUAAAUAUAUCGCGAAUUAGUGAACGUUUUCAAACCAGCGUAUCGUCAACAAAGAAGUUAUUUUGGGCUUUGCAUAAAGUGUUUGGGAAAGAAUUCUAUUUCAUUGGUAUUCUGAGAUUUGUGGCUGAUAUAUCAACGUUUGCAGGACCCCUGUUGUUAGGCGGUUUAUUGGCACAGGAACCAGCUCAUAACGACCACGAUGAAGAGGUGAAUUGGCAGCCAUAUUUAUACGCUUUUGGUCUAUUUUGCACCCAGUUAUUGUAUGCCUUUUGUUCCACGCAUUUCAGUUGGCGUAUGUCUAUGGUUGGCAUGAAAAUGCGAAUCGGUAUGGUUAGUGCCAUUUAUCGUAAAUCUCUGGAGGCGAGAGGACUUAAAAAUACACAACCUGAAAUACUCAAUCUUAUGUCUACGGACACUGAUCGUAUCGUGAAUUCUUGCAUAUCGUUUCAUUCUUUCUGGAGUAUACCGUUCCAGCUCUUUACGACGCUCUAUUUAUUAUAUACACAAUUAGGUGCCGCCUUCGUAGCUGGCGUAGUAUUUGCCGCUUCUCUUAUACCUAUUAACCGUUGGUUAGCGAAACGCAUAGCUGGUUAUUCACAAGGUUUAAUGUCAGCUAAAGAUGCUCGUCUUUCAACCACAAAAGAGGUUAUAAACGGGGCGAAACAGAUUAAGCUACAUGCCUGGGAAGAUGUUUUUAUAAAAAAAAUAAGAGCUUUGCGUCAGGGAGAAAUAAAAUUCUUAUCAAAACGUAAAUAUUUAGAUGCGUUAUGUGUGUAUUUUUGGGCCACUACUCCAGUAUUAAUGUGCUUUUUUACAUUUGGUGUUUCCGUAUGGAUGGGAAGCUCUCUCCUAGCCACUACCACUUAUACAAGUGUGGCCCUAUUAAAUUUACUUAUAGGGCCAUUGAAUGCAUUUCCAUGGGUCUUGAAUGGCUUGGUUGAAGCAUGGAUCUCUAUAAAACGUGUUCAAGAAUUAAUUGAUUUACCGGAUUUGGACUUCGGUUCUUAUUACGAUCCAGUUGUGAAAGAUAAUUCCGCCGUUGAUCUGGCGAAUGAACCUCCGGUAGUUUUGCAAUUAAAAAAUGCCAGUUUUGAAUAUGAUAGUGUACAAAGUGAUGAAAAUAAUCCGAGGCAUAAUUUUCGUUUGGAAAAUAUUAAUAUAAUUAUAAAAAGAGGUGAACUGAUAUGUAUUAAAGGUCCAGUAGGUGGUGGCAAGAGCAGUUUUAUAGCAGCAUUGGUCGGUGAUAUUAAUUGCCUUAAAGGCUCGAUUUGUGUGCAAGAUAUAAGUUCAGGUUUUGGUUAUGUACCGCAAUCACCUUGGCUGCAAAGAUGUACCAUACGUGAUAAUAUUAUAUGGGGCAGUGUUUUUGAUGAGCAGCGAUAUAAAUCUGUUCUCUACGCGUGCGCUUUGUGCGAAGACAUUAGGAAUUUGGGCGGCGAUUUGGCGGGCGUAGGUGAAAACGGUCAUACCUUAUCCGGCGGUCAAAGGAUACGUCUUGCAUUAGCAAGGGCUGUUUAUCAAAAUAAGAAAGUUUAUAUAUUUGAUGAUAUCUUAGCUUCUUUGGACGCCCAUGUCGCUAAUCAUAUUGUGAAAAAUUGUUUAUUGGGUUUGCUGAAGGAUAAGACUCGUAUUAUUGUAACCCGCAGUGUUACUUUAUUCUAUUAUGCUCACAAGAUUUUGAACAUCGAGAAUGGCACAAUAGCACUUAAUGACUAUAUGUCAGAAAGUAUUGAUUUGAGUUUGGAGGAUAGUAGCAGAGAUGAUCUAAAUAGUGGCGUAGAUUUGGAAUGCAUAAAAUCGAUUGAUUUGAAAACACCAUAUGUCGAUCAGGAAAAGAAGAAACUUGACGAUUUAAUGCUGGAGGAGUCUCGGGAAUUCGGUUAUUUAUCUUCAAAGGUAUUCGCUUGCUAUUGGAAAGCAAUUGCCAAUCCUUUGGCUAUUAGUGUCUUGCUUUCGGUACUAUUAAUGCAAGUUACUAGAAAUUUAUCGGACGCCUGGUUGGCUCAUUGGGUUACCGAUACUACAUUGCAUAGUAAUAAAAAUUUGUCUACUACUCCGGGGUAUGUAGCGAGAAUGAUGUACAAAAAUGUUAACAACGGAUCUGUGGCUCCGCAUAGCACUAGCUUUUAUUUAGGUAUAUACGCCUCGUUAACUUUAAGCAAUACGCUGCUUACAUUAGCAAGAGCGUUUCUUUUUGCUUACGCUGGUUUGAAAGCUGCCAAACAUAUACAUGAGAAAUUACUGCAUGCAGUUAUGUAUACUAAAUUCAAUUUCUUUGACAUUACUUCCGUGGGUCGAAUUUUGAACAGAUUUUCCUCGGACACAUACACUGUAGAUGAUUCCUUACCUUUUAUACUAAAUAUAUUUUUGGCACAGUUGGCGGGUCUUAUAGGCGCGGUUAGCAUUAGUUUAUAUGCAAUGCCUUGGCUAGGUUUGAUUGUCCUUCCAAUGAUACCAAUCUAUCUGAAUUUGCAAUAUCGAUACCGUCAUGCAUCGCGGGAUAUUAAACGCCUGUCAACUAAUGCCCUAUCCCCAUUGUAUACUCAUUUCACAGAGACCAUACAAGGUUUAGUGACUAUUCGUACAAUGCGGGCCAGCGUUCGUUUUCAACGCGAUUUUCUUACAAAACUAGAGGAAAGUAUGAAAGCUCAAUUAACUGCUUCAGCCGCCCAAAGUUGGUUAAGCUUACGUCUGCAAUUAUUGGGUGCUCUGCUGGUGGGAAGUGCUGGUUUAUUAGCGUCCGUUACUGCAGCACAUGCCACUAAUCCCGGUUUAGUUGGUUUGGCCAUAUCUUACGCUUUAUCGAUUACUAGCUUAUUAAGCGGCGUAUUAAAUGCGAUAGCUGAGACUGAACAAGAAUUAGUCGCCGUAGAACGUUUACAUCAAUAUUUAGAACUAGAUGGUGAGGAUCGUUCUGGAACUAUAAUAAAUCCUCCAUUUGGUUGGCCUAAUCAAGGCGUGUUAAAUUUCAGUAAUGUUCAAUUUCGCUAUCGCGAACAUUUACCACCGGCUUUACAUAAUUUUACGUUUAAGACCGAGGCGUUCGAACGUUUGGCUAUAGUGGGACGUACGGGGGCCGGAAAAUCAUCAAUUUUAGCAGCUCUGUUGCGAGUAGAACCAAUAACUGGUGGAGAAAUUAGUUUAGAUUUUGUUAAUUUAAAAGAGUUAUCUUUGAAUAUAUUACGAGAUCGCAUUGGUUUAAUAACACAAGAGCCAUUUUUAUUCGAAGGCACAGUGCGUGAAAAUCUGGAUCCUCGGUCAACCUACCAUGACACAGAAAUUUUGCAUGCUAUUACGAAUUGUACAGCUAUAACCUAUUUAGUGCAAAAUCUAGGAGGUUUGGAUGGAAAACUAGAGAAAGACGGCAGCAAUUUAUCGGCUGGUCAAAAACAACUGAUCUGUCUUGCCCGAGCGCUUUUAAAAAAUUUUAAAGUCAUAUGUAUUGACGAAGGCACUUCCAAUUUAGACAAAGAUAGUGAAUUUGCUAUGCAUCAAGCUUUGCAUAACUGUUUUAAGCAUUCAACAAUUAUACUUAUAGCUCAUCGGCUGUCGAGCUUAAAUAGUGUGGAAAGAAUUAUUGUUAUGGAUCAAGGUGAGAUUAAAGAGCAGGGAACCCCGGAAGAAUUGUCAAGAGACACCACAACGAUAUUCCACAGCAUGCUGUUAGCUCAACAUAUAAAUAUUGAAGAGUUUUGCAAAAGGAAAUAAACACUGCACACUUAACGCAGUGACAGUGACUCAACUGGCUGUGAAUGGCAUUGCCUUUGCUGGCUAUUUCCAUGUUUACUUUGUAUUUUACUUUUCUGCUUUGGUUAACAAAUAAACGAGCAAGAAUAAGCUAUUCAAUGUAAUGCUUUUCAAGUACUUCUUUCGCGCUUAUAUUGGUAGAACAAAUUGAAUUAUUCGGAGUACAAUAUGAGAUGGUCACAAAGCCAAACA